AUGCCGGUCGUCAUGCAGACCUGGGACUUUGCGGGGCAGCAGAUGUACUACAACAUGGCGCACGUGUUUAUGACUGCGAUUGGUAUCUACGUGUUAGUUCUCGACCUAUCUGCAUGGAGCCGGGGCGAUGCGACGCCCAUGGAUCUCACGGAGUCCAUGGACUUUUGGCUGGCUGCUCUCUUGGUGCACGCGGCGGAUGCGCGGCUGGUGCUGGUCGGCAGUCAUGCAGAUCUACUGGAUGACUCCAAUCGCAAAGAGGUCUACAAAAAAAUCGACGACUACUUGGCCAAGAACCUACAGCACAAUAGGAUACUUGGGAAUGAACAGGACGACUUGCUUUUCUUCCCAGUGGACAAUCGUCGCUGCACGGAUUCUGGCCUUCGCAGCAUCCAGCACCUGCGGAACGAGCUCAGCAAGUUGGCCCUGGAAGUGGCGGAGGAGAUGGGCACCAUCCCCACGCGCUGGGCGCACCUCUUCCACGUGCUCGAAGGCAUGGAAGCCGACUGCAUCUCCCUGGAGAGCUGCCGAGCCAUGGGCGCGGAGCUGGGCAUCGGCAGAGGCGAGCUCGAGGAGUGCCUAGGACGUUUCCACCGCUUGGGCCAGCUGUUGUACUUCCAGGGCUCACCCUCCGUGGUGCUGAAGCCGCAGUGGCUGCUGGAUGCCAUGGCACAGGUGGUGGGGUGCCCGGUGGCGUUGCGGCAGGACCCCCUGCGUGCGCGGAAGUUGAAGCAGGGGGGCCUCACGGAGGAGCUGCUGCAGGUUCUUUGGCAGGACGAGAAGUUCAGGGGUCAUCAGCCUGUCUUGCAGGCCUUCCUCGAGCACUUCGACCUGCUGGUGCCUGGGGAAAAGGGCUGGCUAGUGCCGAACCUCUUGCCUCUUCGGCCUCAGCAGAGUGACUGCAACCAAGAGGCGGUCACUCUGAUCCUGGACUUCAAGGGGGCCUUUGGCCGCUUGCUGCCCACCCUCAUCCCCAGGCUCUUGUGCCAGCUGCGGAAGCGGCCCGAGCUGAAGCUGAAGGUCUUCGAAGUCUUCCGGGACUGGGCCCGGCUCUCGCUGUUCGACCCCGCGCUGCUGGUGACCUUCGACCUCUACCCCGCGGCGUGCCCGGAAGUGCUGCGGCUGCAGGCGGUGACCCGGUCGGCCCAGCGCCUCAAGGAGCUACUGGACUCCGUGCACCUGGCGAUGCAGGCUUGGCUGCCGCAGGUGGCCUACUCCACAAACCUGCCUUGCCCCUGCGGUGCAGUACAGCGAGACCAUCUGCUGGACCUCACCAAGCUUUUGCGCGAGGAGCCGUUCCUGUGUCCCAGCACCAACAACUUGGUGAGCCCCAACUCGGAGAUCAUCCGGUCCUGGAGGGAGCUCGAGGCGGGGGAAAAGAGCGCCGCAUCCUCCGGUCCAGCUCCCGCGGCCAUGUACUACUUGUACGCAUCUCCGCUGAAGUGGCAUGGCAUGAAGUUGCAGCAGCUGGGUAUUGCGCAGGCUGGGCACACCGGCUCCGCAGGCUCGGGGGAGACUGAGGACGUCGCCAGUCAGGGCAGCGGAGAGAGGGCGUGUGAGGAGAAGCCUGCAAAAGACGAGGGCGAAGAUGUUUGUGGGGACUACGGCUGCGUUUCACCGGGCUGCAUGCAGAGCUUGCGGCUGCAACCCGGCGGCCGCUGGUGGCAUUCGGCCUACCGCGCCAGCAAUGAGCGCCUGCGCUUGGCGGAAGCGAAGCCGAAGCCUUCGCAGUACCAGAGCUUUGUGAAGGCUUACAAGAACUCGGCCUUUGAAGAGAUCCCUCCAGAUCGAGAUCUCGCGAGUCUGAAAGAGGAGUUCGAGGACGUGGCGGUCUGGGAGCUGGUGGAGUCUUUGGGCACUUGGCGCUUUGAUGCUGGCUUCCUCACUUUGAGCUGCCAGCACUGGGCAUGGAGGGCCUCUCACCUGUCGGCUCCCCACACGCUGCAGCCCAGCGAGGAUGGGAGGAGUCAACUCGAUGAGCUUAUGGACCAGCAGAAGUUGGAGCUUUGCUACAAGGUCAGCGGAGAGACUUUGGCGCUGCAGACGCAAGGCCACCCGGGUUGGGACUUGCAGCAGCGCCACCAGCGGCUGCGAAGCCUGCAGUCGGCCUUCCAAAGCCUGGGCUUCGCCAAGAACUACACGCCAGGCUGGCCUGAAUCCGGCGAUGAACUCCCCUCCUCGUCACAGGAGGCUCGGUGA